AUGUUUUCUCUUUGCAGGUUUCAGGUGAAGUUUGGCUUCUCGUGGGCUCCCAUAGUCGGCCGCAGCAAUAACGACCGCGUGGAGAUGAUCCUGUUCGACGGCGAGGCCAUCAUCCAGGUGUCCGGCAAAUUCAACCCCAGCAACUUCGUAGAGCAGGUGAUUUUCGUGACCAACAGGGGACGCUUCCUGAUGGCAGGGCAGCCCACCGGCCUGACCUUCAACCACUACCCGACGUCCAGCGAGAGCGAACUGCUCCUGCUCAGCGGACGCUUCAACAACGGAGGCAUCACUUCCCUCGGGGCGCACUGGGGGAGACCGGGACAAGCUGUACAUCCUCCCAGCUCUAACAGCAGUGACCUUAGCGCUGCCCCAUAAUGGAAGCUAAUCCAUUACAUUACAUUAGAUUACUGUACAUUUGGCAUUUUACGCUUUUUCGAGGAUAUAAUCAUAGCCUACAACACUUGCAGAUACAAAGUGCACAGGGAAUAUACAGAACUAGAAAUGCACUCAGAGAGUGCAGACCUCCGGCCAAGGAAGCUGUUUGAUAGAACAUUUGACUAUGUUACACCCUAUCUUUAUUUCAAGUCUUUCUGCCUUCUUUUUGUGGAGUUCGAAAUUGGAAUGUCAAAUUUUACAAAGUUUCAGCCAAAUCGACACAUAGGUUUUUGAGUUAUCCUGCUGAUAGACAAACAGACAAACAGAAAACAGACUGACAAACCUUGGCAGAGGUAACAAUAUGUGCAGAUGCCAAGUGGAUGCUGAUUGGCCAGUGGAACGCAGUAAUAGUUGUAGAAAAGGCUUAACUCCCAUAGCCCUACACUAGUAUGACAUUCCACCGUACCUUUAGUAAUAGCCUACAUUUGGACUAAGUCAUAUGGUAACAGCAAAUUUAUACCAGAGGCCAUGUGUUAACGGGUUAAAGGGGCAGUGCAUAACAAUCUCAGGUUUUAAGUUAAGUUUUGUGUGUUGCCUGUUCACAACCUAUCCUUUUCCAUGAAUUCUGCCAAAUCUGGUCAUUCAAAACAAACAUAACAAAGCAUAAUCAAAAUUUGUUGUUCACCAAAAUCUAAAAAAAGACUACCUGUAUAUUCAGCAGUACAUGGUGAUAUAUCUACUGGGUAUGUAUGGAGUUUUGUACUUUGUACUGCCACAUCUAUAUGAAUUAUUCCUACCGGCGUUACAUUUUGAGCUCCUGUAUACUUGAACCAUUUUACUAUACAUUGCUUGAAUCCUUUUUUUUUGAAGCACUGGACAUACUGUAUGUAGGGCUUUAACCCCUUAGCGAAGCACUAUGGCUCUCUGUAAUGC